GCCCAGGACGCGGCAGCAGCGGCGGUGAUGAAGGAUGCCAAGAUAGUCACGGCCACCAAGAAGGGCGCCGCGGUGCUGGACCCGCACAUCCCCGACGACAUGAAGAAGUCAUGGCACGUCCUGCAAGCGGGCGAUGAGAUCUACGACGCCACCUUGAACCAGACCAACGUUGGAGCCAACAACAACAAGUUCUUCAUCAUCCAAGCUCUAGAGUCUGAUGUCGGUAAAAGCUUCAUGGUGUACUGGAGAUACGGGAGAGUGGGCUCCCGAGGUCGGACGGAGCUAAUGGGUCCCAUGCAACGGCACGAAGCCAUUAACCUAUUCCAAUUUAAGUUUGAGGACAAGACUAAUAACCAGUGGGUCAGUCGCCAUAGCUUCAGGUGUCAUGCAAAGAAGUACACUUGGCUUGAGAUGGACUACGGCAAGGAAGGAGAUAAGGCUCAGAAGAAAGAGCUUGUUGCUAAUCAGAUAAAGGAGACAAAGCUUGAAACUAGAACUGCGCAGUUCAUAUCCGUCAUCUGCGAUAUUACCAUGAUGAAGCAGCAAAUGAUGGAAAUUGGUUAUAAUGCUGAUAAACUUCCUCUUGGAAAGAUAAGUCAAUCUACAAUAAGUAAGGGUUAUGAUGUUUUGAAGAGGAUCUCUCAUGCUAUUUCGAGGGGUGACAAGAUACAUAUUGAACAAUUGACCGGGGAAUUCUACACCAUCAUUCCUCAUGACUUCGGUUUCAAAAAGAUGCGUGAAUUUAUCAUCGACACUCCUGAGAAGCUCAAAGCUAAGCUGGAAAUGGUUGAAGCCCUUGGUGAGAUUGAGAUUGCGACCAAGCUUUUGGAAGAUGACUCGACCGAUCAGGACGAUCCAUUGUAUGCUCGAUACAAGCAGCUUGGUUGUGACUUUACACCUCUGGAAGUUGACACGGAAGAAUACUCAAUGAUAAAAACAUAUUUGAAGAAUACACAUGGAAAAAAUCACACGGAUUAUACCGUCGACAUAGUGCAAAUAUUUAAGGUGACAAGACAUGGUGAAACAGAGAGGUUCCAGAAGUUUAUUGGCGCAGGAAAUAGGAUGCUUUUAUGGCAUGGUUCCCGGCUGACCAACUGGACUGGAAUAUUUUCUAAGGGUUUGAGAAUUGCUCCUCCUGAAGCACCUAAUAAUGGCUACAUGUUUGGGAAAGGAGUUUACUUUGCUGAUAUGUUCUCCAAGAGUGCAAACUACUGCUGUUUUUCAGAAACAUCUAAUAAAUCUGGAGUGUUGCUUCUGUGUGAGGUUGCACUUGGCAGCAUGAAUGAGCUAAUAUAUGGUGAUGUCUGUGCUAAUGAUCUUCCCAAGGGAAAACUAAGCACGAAAGGACUCGGGAAGACGGCCCCGGACAUGGCGAACUCCAAGAUCACCGACGAUGGUGUGGUUGUUCCGCUUGGGAAACCUAAAAAGGUAUCUCCCGGAAAGGGUAUUCUCAACUACAAUGAGUACAUAGUCUAUGACGUGAACCAGAUCAGGAUGCGGUAUGUUAUCCAUGUCUCCUUCAACUCAAAGAAAAAUUAGACCAUUCCUGCGAACAUGGAGCAGUGCUAAGAUCUUGACAUCUUCUUCGUGGAAUCCAAUUUUCUGUCACACAUUAUUAGCAGCAGAUGAAUGUGGAGGAAAUUGUAGUUUGGCUCUGGUAUCAUUCUGAUCAGAUGAAUUGGGAAGUUCGUCUUAUUUGCAUAGAAACCAUAUCGGCAUCCAAUUCUACCGAAAGCAUAGGCAAUGAGAGGCAGAUCCCUCAUCUCGUUUGGUUA